UUCUUCCCAUAUUAAAUGCUGAUUAUUACUUUUUAUAUUCAUGUUACCAGUUAAUAUUUAAUUUUAGUCUGUAGCAGUCUGUCUGUUUUAGUUUAGACUCGAGUGUUUAGGGUCACAUCCACCAUUCAAGUAAAUAAACUGUUUUUUCCAUCAUGUUUUCAGUCAACCCUCCAAACAGGCUAAUAUGGACACCACCUGUCACACUGACCUGGUUGUGUCCAUGUCAGCGUGUAACUCGACACAGUCCUGCGUUGUUCUGCGUGAGGGAGCCGAUCAUUCUCACUCAGUCUGCCAGUCUCCUGUGCUGAUACCUGCCUGCUGCACCAUGAGGGCCAAAGCCUCAGACAUGCACUGCAAGGACUGCGUCAAAGUGGCCGUCAGAGUGCGACCAUUCAACAAGAGAGAGAGGGAUGCAGGCAGCCGCUGUAUCGUCUCCAUCGUGUCAAGCUCCAUCACCAUCCAGGACCCGCGUGACUCCCAGAACCGUCGUUUGUUUUGUUUCGACUAUGCCUACUGGUCCCACAGCGGCUUCACACGAGACCGCAGCGGCCUCUACGUGCCUGAAGAGCCUGGGGGACGAUACGCUGACCAGGACAGUGUGUUCCAGGACCUGGGGGAGAGAAUACUGGAGAAUGCUCUGCAGGGUUACAAUGCCACGCUGUUGGCCUACGGACAGACCGGCUCAGGCAAGAGUUACUCGAUGGUGGGAUAUGGGCCCAACAAAGGCCUGGUUCCUAAACUCUGUGACCGACUGUUUCAGGCCAUGAGAGAAAACCAGGAUACCAGACAGUGUCAGGUCUUUUUCAGUAUGUUGGAAAUCUAUAAUGAGCAGGUGGUUGACCUGCUCUCUCGGGGGUCUCGUACUCCGGGGGGGCUCAGAGUCAGAGAGGAGCAGCAAAGAGGCUUUUAUGUGGAGGGUCUCCGAACAGUCCCGUGUGACAGCGCACCACAGGUGGAGCAGCUGAUGGAACAGGGGACCAGGACCCGAACCACCGCUGCCACUCACAUGAACGCCAACAGCAGUCGCUCGCACAUGCUCAUUAUCCUCCAGCUCAAACAGAUCUUUUCCAAAGAGAACAUCACAAAGCAGUCCAACAUUAACUUGGUGGACUUGGCUGGCAGUGAGCGUCAGAGGUCAUCAGGGUCGGAGGCUGACAGACUCAAAGAGGGCACAGCCAUCAACCUGAGCCUCACCACCCUGGGCAACGUUAUCAGCUCCCUCGCUGAUGUGGCGGUGGGGAGGAAGGUUGUCCAUAUACCCUACAGAGACUCAGUUCUCACCAAGCUGCUGCAGUCUGCACUGGGAGGCAACAGUCGCACUGUUAUGAUUGCCACACUGAGCCCUGCUGAUAUCUGCUAUGAAGAGUCUCUCUCUACCCUGCGCUAUGCUGAGAGGGCAAAGCGUAUCCAAAACCGAGCAGUGGUGAACGAGAGCCCCACUGAGCGUCUGGUCAAAGAGCUAAAGGCCGAGAAUGCCAGACUGCUGCAACGACUGAGCCGGCUGGGCCAGGAGGGGCGCAGAGCUAAUGACGAGACCAAGGAGCUUCGUCAGCUGCUGACCCACAAUGAGCUCCAGAUCAAGGCCAUUCAGACUCUGUGGGAACAACACCUGCAAGAGGCGUUGAAGGACUGGGAGCAACAGUAUGCUAACAUUACACAGGAGAGGAGGAUGAUGCAGAUGCAUCCCUACAUCCUGAACAUCAACGAGGACGCUCAGCUGUCAGGGGUGGUCAAGCUUUUCAUUCAGGAAGGUGAAUGGGGCAUUGGCCUGUGUGACUCUUCUCCAAGAUCCAUCCCUAUCAAGGGCUUAGGGAUCCAGGAGCGCCAUGCUGUGUUCAGGAAUGAACAGCGCCGGGUAACACUGACCCCGCUGGCAGGGUCAAAGGUCAUUGUCAAUGGCAAUGGCGUCUCCCAGACAACUGAGCUGCAGCACCUGGACCGCCUCAUUCUCGGUUCCAACUGUACCUAUCUGUUCAUUGGUUAUCCCUCUGAGAGGGGCGGGGAUGACUGGAGCCGCUAUGACUACGACUACUUCCAGUCUGAACUGGCUGCUGCUGAGGGCAUCCACCUGGGUGAAUCCAGUGCUGGCUCCAGUCAGACUGACCCCAGUCUGCUGGCCGUCUUCUACGACUACAUCAAACUGAUGCCCAUGGUGGCUGAGGCCAACCAGAUGAGCCAGGAGCUGAACAAGGGGGUAGAGUUUAAGUUGGAGAUCAAGAAUCUGGCGCUGUCAGAUUCAAAAGGCCAUGAUCUGGAGAAGGAGAUUGUUGUCAGAGUCACUGCUAUGGGAAGAAAACAGGUAUGGAUGUGGUCCAAGGCCAAGUUUGUGAACCGUAAAUUCCUGAUGGAAGAAGUCUACCAGCAGCAUCAGUCUGAGAAGAGCGGAGACAAUAGAGUAGGGCGGCUGUCAGCUGCGUUACCCAGAGAUAAAGACCCGUUCUGGGAUCCUGUGGAGCCUCUGCUUCUGGGCACUGCUCACCUCUGGCUUCAGUCUUUGGCUUUCCGCAUCCCUCUGGAAGAGCAACUUGAGGUGCUGGGGUCAGAGGGCACAGAGGAGGCCAUACUGCAAGCUCAGCUGGUCCCCUGCACCUCCACGGGACUCCCUCUGGGUGAGGAUGACAUUAUGAUCGACCCGUCUGAGUUAUUGGGUCGACGACUGGACUUCCAGCUGGUCCUGGAACAGUGCUGUGGUCUCCGCUGGAUCAGAGAGGCCCACAAUAGAGGGGUCCAAAUUGGUUUCAGGUUGUUUGACUGCAGCCAGUCUCUGUACAGUCCGGCUGUGUGGCACAACGUCAACCCUCUGUUGGAUCACAGGGUUCACUUCGCCUCCCUCCACACCUCCCAACGUCUGCUAGACUACCUGCAGAGCAGCGCUGUAGUGCUGGAGCUCUGGGGCCUUCAAGAGGGUUGUACUGACCUGAUAUCAUCUCUGGAGGGAGUGAGGAUGACUACAGAGGGCAUCUUUAUCAUCGAGGAGGCAGGCCCAACAGACACUGCAUCUGUAGACGCUGCAGAGCUCAGCUGUUCAGUGAGAGCUCUUCAACAGGACUUGGAUGAACUGAAGAGUGUUAAUGCUUCACUGAGAAAAGAAAAUCAUAGUCUGAGAGAACAACUCAACACAGCCAGAAAUGGUGGGGAGAGUGUGCGUGGUCGGCCGGUGCGUCCCAGCUGUGAUGCAGAGUUUGCUCGUGCUCUAAAGGUUUUCUACCACAGCAUGACCUCAGUCAAGGGUCAGCUGCAGCGCCUGCGCAGACACAGGCCCAGUGAGGAGUCUGACCUGCUGGGGCUCAGGCUGUUUGUGGAUGAGCAGAGUCGUCUGCUGAGGGACUUCUCGGAGCAGCUGGAACAGAGCGUCUCCACACUCAAACAAGAUGUAGCCGCCAUCGUCCGGCGGAAACGAGAACGAUCAGGAUUCUGGUCUUGACCGAUUUUCACAAAGUGUUAAGAAGAGGUAGUCCAACCCAACCUGGCUAACUCCAAUGGAAACUCUUCAAGUCACCGAACAUGUUGUACUCUGCAUGAUGUACAAGAUAGGUCACAUCUGGCAUUUGACACAACUGGAUUUCUUUUUAACUGAAGGAGCAGCAGUUACUUUCUUUCUGUAAAAGAGAGGGUAUCCAGAUGUCUUAACCUCUACACCAUCACCAGGUGAGGUAGCAAGAUUAGUCAGCAAGAAUAAAUAAGCUAGUAUUAACAGAAUGACAAAAGCACUGAAGUCUAUAAAACGUUUAUUAGACUGCAUGUAAAAGAAGUCAUCACAGUUCCAAACUGCAAAUAAAUUAAAACGCAAAUACAACUCAAGUUUCAGAAUUCACAAUAUUAUUAUGUUUUUGGACCAUCACUGAUGAUGUCAUAUUUUCAAGCGACUGCAGUUCACUCUGAAGCUGUAUCGCAAUAUGACAUCAGAAAUCAAGGAGCAAGGAAAGCUCCUCUUCCUCAUGUCUCACUUUGGGGGAAUAAUAUUACUGAUCACAGACAAGAAUGAGACAUCUAAUAACUGAAAAGGAGAGAUGUCCUCUUUCAUUGUGUUGAGUUCAAUGACAGUGUUUACCACAGCAUCUCUCAUUGUAAUGUCCAAUAUAGAGGUAAAAGCACAACGGUUAAUGUUUGUAAGCAGUCAUGAAUUGUAAGAGUACAGACAGUUGCUGUAGGUCCAAAAAAAGAUCAGCGUGGGCACAUUUACAGGAGAGGCAGAAGGCAGACGUGAGGCAGAUUAGUCAUCGGAUAGGACAGAAAAUCUAUGUACAGUACAA